ACGAACUUUGUUCACUUUCCAACCUUCCAGGUCCGUUACUCACACACAAACUCAAUAUGUGCGACGACGAGGUUGCUGCUCUUGUUGUGGACAAUGGCUCCGGCAUGUGCAAGGCCGGCUUCGCCGGUGACGACGCUCCCAGGGCCGUCUUCCCCUCCAUCGUCGGACGCCCCAGGCAUCAGGGUGUCAUGGUUGGUAUGGGCCAGAAGGACAGCUACGUCGGUGAUGAGGCUCAGUCCAAGAGAGGUAUCCUCACCCUGAAGUACCCCAUCGAGCACGGCAUCGUCACCAACUGGGAUGACAUGGAGAAGAUCUGGCAUCACACCUUCUACAAUGAGCUGCGUGUUGCCCCCGAGGAGCACCCCGUCCUGCUCACUGAGGCCCCCCUCAACCCCAAGGCCAACAGAGAGAAGAUGACCCAGAUCAUGUUCGAGACCUUCAACGCCCCCGCCAUGUACGUUGCCAUCCAGGCCGUGCUCUCCCUGUACGCCUCCGGACGUACCACAGGUAUCGUGCUUGACUCCGGCGAUGGUGUCACCCACACCGUCCCCAUCUACGAGGGUUACGCUCUGCCCCACGCCAUCCUCCGUCUGGACUUGGCUGGCCGUGACUUGACCGACUACCUGAUGAAGAUCCUGACCGAGCGUGGCUACUCUUUCACCACCACCGCCGAGAGAGAGAUCGUGCGUGACAUCAAGGAGAAGCUGUGCUACGUCGCCCUGGACUUCGAGCAGGAGAUGGCCACCGCUGCCUCCUCCUCCUCCCUGGAAAAGAGCUACGAGCUUCCCGACGGACAGGUCAUCACCAUCGGAAACGAGCGCUUCAGGUGCCCCGAGUCUCUCUUCCAGCUCCUUCUUGGGAUGGAAUCUGCUGGUAUCCACGAGACCACCUACAACUCCAUCAUGAAGUGCGACGUGGACAUCCGUAAGGAUCUGUACGCCAACACCGUCCUGUCCGGAGGCACCACCAUGUUCCCUGGUAUUGCUGACCGCAUGCAGAAGGAGAUCACCUCUCUGGCUCCCAGCACCAUGAAGAUCAAGAUCAUCGCUCCCCCUGAGCGCAAAUACUCCGUAUGGAUCGGUGGCUCCAUCCUGGCUUCUCUCUCCACCUUCCAGCAGAUGUGGAUCUCCAAGCAGGAGUACGAUGAGUCCGGCCCCUCCAUCGUGCACCGCAAGUGCUUCUAAAGCGCUCGCCCGCACUCCAACAACAUCCAACAACAUCAGAAGAAGAACAAAUCGGCCACUCGCGAGCAUUUAGACCUAUCGCUCGAGGACAUUGACAAUAACAUGACAUUUGUCAAAAGAAGCAACAACUCAAUAAGUCGACUGAAACUUAUAACAACAACAGUAAGAACGAGUGGCUGAAAAGACAUUGAAAGAACGAAAAAAAGAACAAAAAAGAUUAAGUUGGUAUGAACAUCUUCGCUACAAUUUCCAACCCUACUUGAAGUCUUAAAAUUGAAAAGCGUAUGUUACUUUAAUCUUACAGAAACCUGUAUGGGAGAGGGAGCAUACUCAAAUUUGACUUUAAGAUUUUUUUGUAGGGGAAAAAAACUUUGCGAUAAAAAGUUUAUCUUUUUAUCCCAUUGCAGCCUUUGAUUUUUGUUUCGUUAUCUAAUAUUUCAUUUAACUCAUAAGUCGACAACUAUCAUCUAACUGUUAUACUAGGAUGAAAGAUGGGAGGCGAACAUUACUUAUCGAAGGCUACAGCUUCACUCAGGAAAACAAAAUGUUAUCGAAAAGAAGUAACAUUUUCUUUUCUACACCUAGGCUUGCUCCUUGAGCGAGUAAUCCAAUCUCCAUGACAAGCAAACGAAAGAUUUGUGUAAAUUUUCCUAAGUUUUUUUUUAUAAAGAGAAAAUCCUGAAAAACCUGCGCGUACGAAAGUGGUGUGUCAAUGCAGUUUGUGUGAACGUCCAAAGAUUGUGUGUAGCCAGUCGAAGUGUCAAAGUUUUUGGUAACAACAACACCGCGUCAAGUUAUACAAGCAAAGAAUACAAUGAAGUAAGUCUGGUCCCGUACUAUGUAACAUCAAGAACACGUAACGACUAAUUCUGAACUCCAACAAAGAAUGGUCAAAGACAAUAUGGUCCCUUCGCUUUGAUGCCGAGACUGGACGCAGACAUAAAUGUUGACGUUUUGCAAAUCUACCUGGCGCGUACCAUGAUUUGUGCGACAAACUCCCAUCCUGCCGUUGCUAUAGAGACGCUUGGUCGUUUCCAUGGUAGCGGUAAAUCGUCAUCAAGCUUAGCUAUCUGCUUUGGUUUCUGUACAUGCAUUAUCAAAUUACUGUAGACCUUCGAAAGGCUGAAUAAAAUGUGUUGAAUUAAGUG